AUGAUUUAAGGGAAAAUCAAAGCAUAUAAAUAUGCUGGCUUAUUCUUUUCAGCAUAGAACAAUAUAGUAUAAUUUAUAUCUCUAAUUAAUAGGUAUGCUAGCUUGUGAAAAACAUUAAUGAUCAAUUUAGUGAAUAAGCAUGA